GUAUCACUCGCUCAUCAUAUUUUCAACUUCCCGCCAUUCGUUCUCUUUCCUUCUUUUGCUCCCAGAAUAGAUUCGGCUGCUACGUGUGUGUCGCUCCUCCUCUAGCAGGCUCGUUUGGUCUCACCAACGCCACGUGCAUCUACUCUCGAGCCAACCUCAGAUCUUUGCACUCUUUCCUUUCUUUUUUCUCUAUUCUUUUGCUUCGUAUUCAGAGUCGCUUCCAUGCAUGGAGAGUCGAUAUUUUUGGAGGCUGGAGAAUCUUUAAUAUCAUCAAGGGAGCCUGCUGCUGAUUCCAGCUUUCUUUACUGCGUCCACAUCGCCCGCUUGAUGCAGACUGUUGCCGGCUCUUGAGAGCUGCCGGAUUCCUUUCUUUGUCGAUAUGGCUGUCUUCUUCAUUGGGUGGGAGCUGUGGGAGGAGAUGACGUUUGUUCUUGCAUGCUGCAUAGUGUUAGUCUUCGCCUUUGGCCUGGUGCGACUCUGGUGGACAAAUCGAAAAAUCGCGAGGCUCGAGUUGAUAGACGAAGAGCGGCGCGUUCGGCUGGCUGAGAUGCGGUACUGCGGUAUCAACGCACGCGGCAUCACCGAUAUCCCCUUUGGAGUGCGCGCGAUCCAGAGCGGCAUCGAGGUCGAAGGCAUAUGGAUAUCAAGGCCUAACACGCCCGAUGCCAGCCACGUCACGGCCUCCUCGCCCACUCUGAUAGGC